AUGACAUUAUUGCUUUCCGCUACUUUUGUGCUCCUGUUCGCAGGCCAAGCACUUGCCCAAGAUACAGACGAUAUCCUCCAACAUGUCGACCCAUUGAUUGGCUCAAGCAACGGCGGAAAUGUCUUUCCCGGAGCCUCACUCGCAUACGGUAUGGCCAAGGCCGUGGCUGACACGAACAGCAAUUCAAACCAAGGUGGCUUCACUCUGGAUGGUGCCCCGGUUACUGGUUUCAGCAUGAUGCAUGAUAGUGGUACCGGUGGUAGUCCUUCUUUGGGCAACUUUGCCUUGUUCCCCUAUACUAGCUGCCCCGGAGGAGACAUUAACCGGUGCGCGUUUCCUAAGAAGACGAGAGCCAACUUUGGCGGUUUCGACGAAUCCAGCGUCUCUGCCAGACCUGGGACAUUCGGAAUCACACUGAACACCGGCAUCCGGGCAGACAUGACAGUCACUCAACAUACCGCUCUGUUCAGAUUCACGUUUCCUGAAAAUAGUACCAUGGGUGAAGCCGCGCAACCACUCAUCUUACAGGACCUGACUGAUCUGUCAAACUCGAGGCAGGACAAUGGAACAGUAUCAGUCAAUGAGAAGACGGGCCGCAUCACGGGGAGUGCUCGUUUUCUGCCCAGCUUCGCUCAAGGGAACUACGUCCUUUACUUCUGUACUGACUUCUCCGGUGCCGAGAUCUUGGAUAAUGGUAUCUUUGCGGACAGCAGAGCCAGCACAUCCGUCAAGAACAUGACUAUCUCCAGAUCCAUCAAUGGCUAUCCUCUUCCGGGCGGUGCAUUCGUGAGGUUUAAAUCUGGAGCCAAGCCGAUUCUGGCAAGAACCGCCACGAGUUUCACCAGUGUCGAACAAGCGUGCAGACACGCCGAGUCUGAGAUUCCUGACUUUGACUUUGAUCGGAUAUCACGAGCAGCAACAGAGCAAUGGCAGGCCAAGAUGGGCGGAAUAAGGAUAUCGACAAAGGGCGUGGAUAAAUCCUUGAUCACCAACUUUUACAGCGGUAUCUACCGCACUCAUAUCAAUCCACAAAACUACACCGGAGAAAAUCCGUUGUGGUCCAGUGACGAGCCAUACUUUGAUUCGUUUUACUGGUAUGUGCUCUUAGAUAUCCCCAGUGGUGGUUCAAAUGCCGAUGUGGUACUGGCAGAUGCGUACAUCAAGGGCCUUGAUGGAGGAAUCAAUGAUGGCUACGCCGCUGUUGUCAAAGACGCCGAGGUUGAGCCAUUCGACUGGUGCUGCCAGGGACGCGGCGGUCUCGACAGCUGGCAUUCUCUCGGUUACAUCCCCGUCCAAGAUUUUGACUGGAAAGGCUUCGGCACCUUAACACGAUCUAUCUCCCGUACACUCGAAUACGCCUACAACGACUUCUGCAUCGCCGAAAUGGCCAAGGCCUCUGGCAGGACAACCGAUCAGGAGAAGUACGCCCUUUCGAGCGGUAACUGGCGCAACCUCUACAAAGAAGACCAGACUUCCUUCUGGUGGAACGGCACCGACACCGGCUUCACGGGAUUUUUCGAACCUCGAUAUCUCAACGGCACCUGGGGCUAUCAGAACCCUCUAAACUGCUCCAACCACGACGACUUCAGCGUCUGCUCCCUGCAAAACAACGGCCCAGAGACAUUCGAGUCCUCCAUCUGGGAAUACGGCUUCUACGUGCCCCACGACCAAGCAACGCUGAUCAGUCUCUACGGAGGUCCAGACCGCUUUGUCGACCGCCUGAACUAUCUCCACGACCAAAACAUUACGUACAUCGGCAACGAGCCGUCCUUCCUCACGGUGUUUCAGUACCAUUACGCGGGACGACCGGCUCUCUCCGCCAAGCGUGCGCAUUAUUACAUCCCCGAGUUCUUCGGCACCACUCCCGAUGGUCUGCCAGGCAACGACGACAGCGGCGCGAUGGGCUCGUUUGUGGCCUUUACCAUGAUGGGUCUUUUCCCCAACCCGGGCCAGAACGUGUACCUGAUUACUUCGCCGUUCUUUGAGUCGGUGAAUAUCACGAAUCCGUUGACGGGCAAGAUUGCGAGGAUCAGAAAUGUCAACUUUGAUCCCAGCUAUAAGAAUAUCUACAUCCAGAAUGCCACGCUUGAUGGGGUCAAGUAUAGCAAGAACUGGAUCGACCAUAGCUUUUUCACGGAAGGAAAGGAGCUGGUUUUGACGCUUGGUGAUAGAGAGAGUGAUUGGGGUACGAAAGUGGCUGAUCUUCCUCCGAGCUUGGGAGAGUAUAAAGGAUAUGGAAACUCAUCGUCUUCUGCUGGAUAUGGAUCAUGGAAUGAUACUGCCGGUAGUAGUGCCAAACGGAUCAGGAGUUGGUUGAGGGGGGAUCUAGAAAGCAUGUGA